AAGUUGCAGAUCACUGGGAUAUUUGGCACUUACUAAUGGCCACUCAACUUCCCUGGUGCCCAACUGCCUGCAAUUCCCAGAGGACUGGGGUCUCUUCUUGCAACAACAAUUGCAGAGCUGCAUUACCAUCCUCUUGUGCAUAAAAUGAACAUCCUCGUGUCAUGUUCUUGACCUUUGUCGACAGGACCUUUCGAAUGCAGGUGAAGGCCAUAUUUCAUGAACUUCAAGCGGAUAGAUGCAGAUGGCAGAGCGCUUAAAAGAAUUUAUUGAGACUGCAGAAUAGAUGAAAUUAUGACCUUGGAGAACAUGAUUGCCGAAGUUGUAGCGCAGCCCUGAAGUUCCUUUCUCCUCGACUGGUGUGAGAUGGACGUCACUGUGGAACCACAAAGGGUCUUGUGCGCUUCUUUCCAAUUGGCGGCAUUCUAUGUGUGAUAGUGAUGACGGAAUGGAAAGCAUUGGGUUUGCAGCCUUGAGUUUGUUUCUUGAAGAUGUUUUUGUUCAUGUCAAGGAGACUUCGGCUGCACCUUACACUUGAAAUGGGUAAUGGCCUGAUCAUAAGAACAAAGCAUUUGAGCCAUCCCCUUUCGCUUGUGUUUUGGCGUUUGCAAGGUCUUAGAUUUGAGCUGCUGCCAAUGUCAGACAGUUGAGCAUUUUUCAAGUCCACUUCGGUUAACAAGAAGAACAUUCCUCGAAGUGUUUGAAAAUGGAUCAUAACAACGCAUUGACAAAUCAGAUGGAGAGCACCGGCGGUGAAGUAACCAAUCUUACAAGCGCCUGUUUCAUCAAAGCGUGCUGUCAUGGCCACCUGUAUUCAAUCAACAAGCAUGGAAUCGUCACAACUCGGACAUUUCCAUCUCAAAAAGUGAGCAAAAUUCACUACGAUUUUUCAUACCCGGAAUGGAAGAUCUCGGAGCUGGCUGUAGAGGCAGCGCUCAAGUCAACCACACCUCCGCUGUCAAGGACAAAGAGCUAUGAGAUUGAGCUUCGGGACAUGUCAUACAAGAUUACAAAGCCACGAAAAUCUGCAAGUCCGGGAUGGUGGGGCUGCUGUGGCAAUAAACAUGACGAUUCGAUUGAGAAAAUAGACUCAUCGAAGUAUGUGCUAAAUCGAAUUAACAUGAAAGCAAGGCCAGGGGAGAUUCUCGGAGUGGCUGGGCCAAGUGGAGCGGGGAAAUCCACGCUUCUGGAGGUCCUGGCAUGUGAACUCAGGCCAAGCAGCCGCCCAAGCAGCAUGUUGGUCAAUCAGCAACAAAUGGAGCGUCAGCAAUUUCGAAGGAUCUCAGGUUACGUAAUGCAAGAUGAUGCGCUAUUUCCAAUGUUGACUGUCGAAGAGACCUUGAUGUACAGCGCUCGUCUUCGCAUCUCUUCGUAUAUUUCUAUGGCCGAGAAGAAGCUGCGAGUGCAGAGUACCAUGGAAGAGCUUGGCUUGCUCCAUGUUGCGAAAUCUCGCGUCGGCAACGAUAAUUUUCGAGGACUUUCUGGUGGAGAGAGGCGCCGUGUUUCCAUCGGCGUAGAUGUCAUCCACGAUCCUGCCGUAUUGAUACUCGAUGAACCCACGUCUGGAUUGGACAGUGGUUCCGCUCUGCAUGUGGUAUCGAUGUUGAGCAGAAUGGCAAUAUCCCACAAUCGCACCAUUAUUCUCAGCAUACAUCAACCAAGCUAUCGAAUUCUUGAGCUCCUGAACUCCAUUUUGUUGCUAGCUGGCGGAAAGGUAAUUCAUCACGGACCUCUGGAUCUGCUCUCGGUUCGACUUGCUGCUUCAGGUCACACGAUUCCAGAGCAAAGCAAUCCGCUAGAGUACGCGAUUGACAUCAUUGACCAACUGGAUGAAGAUUGUAACUGUUGCACGUUCGAAAAUCCUGCAACUGCCAGACCUCCGGGCAACACAGAACUGCAACACUACGGUAGCUCAGAUUUAGACAGUGCGCAUGUACUGCUUCCAAAGUCGACCAAAUUGUGUACCAAUCCGUCCGACAUUUCUUUCGCUAACUCAAGCUGGCAAGAAAUCGCCGUUUUGGUACACCGGUUCUUCAUAAAUGUUUACAGGACGAAGCAGCUCUUAAAAGCACGCACGCUGCAUUCACUGAUUGGAGGCAUCUGUCUGGGUAGCGUGUAUGCAAACAUGGGACACGGCACCCGAGGAAUGUCCGAGCGCUAUGGUCUUCUGGCUUUCAUUGUCACUCUCCUUCUAUCAUCAUCAAUAGAAGUCCUCCCCUGUUUCCUCGAGGAAUGUCGUAUCAUGUCUCGUGAGACAUCGAGAGGUGCGUACCGGAUGAUGUCCUACAUAGUGGCCAAUACCUUGAUAUUCCUCCCCUUCUUACUUUUCAAUGCCGUGCUCUUCUCCGCACCCCUCUACUGGUUGGUGGGCCUUGCACCCCAGCCCUUCGCUUUCCUCUUCUUCAUCCUGACGAUUUGGGUCCUCCUCGUCACGGCCUACUCCUUUGUGGCUCUAUUCAGUGCCAUUGUACCGAAUUACCAACUGGGAUAUACCAUCGUCAUGGGUUUAUUGGGCGCUUUCUUCCUCUAUUCAGGGUUCUUCAUUUCUAGGGAUAAUUUGCCGAAGUACUGGCUCUGGGCACACUACUUGUCCCUCUAUAAAUACCCCCUGGAAGCCCUCUUGAUUAAUGAAUACUCUCACGUCAGCGACAAAUGCUUCAGUGAUCUUUACGGGGCAGGGCAGUGCAGUCUCACGGGAAGUCAAGUGCUGGAGCAAGGAGGCCUCCAGGGAAGUGCAGACAACAAAUGGACCAACCUGGGAAUCAUGGCAGGUUUUGUUAUCCUAUAUCGAUUCCUCUGUUUUGUUGUUCUUCGUCUCAAGAUGGGGUGCAGGCGACGGUAGUAAUCUCUGCCAACCUGUCUAAUCUUGAUGAAUUUUUGCUCCCACGAUUUUAGUAAGCAAGAUGCCCACACAAAGCUCUCCCAAUUCAGUGUGUUAGUCUUUUCGGGAAAAAAAGCUUCUUCAGCUACAAGCUGAUCGGACAGCUUUAUUUAGGAACUAGCCCUUAAGUUAUUCCUAGAAAUGUACAAGAUGAAAUGAAGAACCUGUAUGAGUAGUGACCAACAUCAGCAAUAAUUGCAAGCUUAGAUAAGUAAUCUCCACUGUCGAUUGGACUCAAAUAAUCGGCGAUACCAGUUUAGCAAUCACCGAAUGUACACGUUUGGAAUCAAAUUAAGUUCAUAAACCCGUUGCCAUCUCUCAGAA